AUGUGUGCAAAGAGCCCUUCCUGGUCGAGCAAGUGGGCUGCCACUCAAAAGGCAUACAUUGAGCGCAGAAAAAGCGAGGGUCACAACAUCCCUUGGCAUCUCCACACACUGACGCACAGACUAGAGUUGCUAAUGACUCAUGAAGCAUCGGUAAUGAGUGAGCGUCAUGUGGAGUACAGUACAAGUCGCAAAGUCACUGUUGAUUCGCGCGAGGGUUGCAAUGCGACUUCUGGACGGCCGCAGGCUCGAGCAUCGCUUGA